AUGCCAAUCGCACUGGAAGCUAUUGGUUGGAAGAUAUACAUGAUCAACGGUGCGUGGGAGGCACUGCAAGCAAUGUUUGUCGCAUUGGUUUAUUCUGAGACCAAAAAUAUCUCGAUUGAAGAUAUAGACCGGGUGAUUGAUCGCACACAACUUAAUGGCAUCGAUCCUGAAGGGGACUAUGAUAUCAAGGACACCAAAGACCCGAAUCAGAUCACAGAGCAUGAAUUUCAAAAGAUGACCCAUGUUAAGCGGGUUUUCUGA